UCUGCAGGCAUAAUUUGAUUGAGUGCUAUAAUCAUGGCAAAGAAUCUCAUUCAGAGGCCUCUUAUCUUUCAAGAUGAAAACUCGGAUAUAUACUUCAAAAAGGGUGUGAUAACUGGCAAAUCAAAGAGUGGUAAACCUGAAGCUGUUAAAAAAGGUACUACAGGGCUUAAAAGUCGUAAUCCCCUCAAUGAUAUCACGAACAAAUCAACUGCUCUUUCUGAAGAAGCAGCAAAGAAAAAGAGUUCACAGAAGGAGGUUAAAGUUCCAAGUGAGCUUAACAUAGCAGAGGAGACAUUUCAACAUGAUCACAAAAAAUGUGUCGAGGCACAAAGUUCAGGAUUGACGCGAAAACAUUUCAUGGAAUUGGUUCUGCCUGGUUGUGAUUCAGCUUCUCACAUUGACAUACCAAAAACAGAAACGGGAAUGAGUGAUAAAGGAAUUGAUAACUCACACUGCUAUCCCGUGCCAGAAGAAUUGUCUAUGUCAGAGUUCUCUUGGUUGAGAUCUUUAUGGGAUCCAUCUUCUCCCAAGAAGAUGGAUUCUCCACCCUCCUCUCCUUCCGAAUGGGCGUUUGAGCCGGUUGAAUUUACACUCAAUGAAGAAAAAGAUUGCUGAAAUGGCUAAUGAGCUGCUCUAUUUAGUCGAUGACAUGUAUAUGAUAUUAGGUAAUUAACAAUUCUAAAUUUGGCACUAGUAAUUCAACAGU